CCAGCUAUGUUUGGAUACGCAUGUUUGACCUUGAGGUUCAGGUUCGAAGGCUUGGCUUCGUUUUUCAGUGAUUGAAUUACUGGAUAUAGCAUGUUAGUGUGUAUAUUUCGAAUAUUGGUCCCAACCUUUUACUUCCAAAGUUUGCAUUUUUAUAAUUAAUGAUCUAAGUUUAAUGAUGUAUUUGGACAUAUAUACUAUAUAUCAUGCCUUUGGAUCUGUUAAUUCCGUGAUACUUCGAAAAUUUGAGACAAGGUUUUGUUCUUAACUCAGUAUCCAUAUAAUGGACAGUUUAAAUACGAGAAGUCUUGAUGACUAUCGUGUGAAUGCUUGUGAUGCCAUCCAAUUCAAACUAGUUAGGGACAAGGAAACUGUCGAUUCAGUAGAUACAUUCAAUCCUGAGUUCACUCACCAAAUAUUUGGUGAAAGUGAACAGAUAUUCGGAUAUCGCGAUCUCAAAGUUGGCAUAUUUUACACAGCAGACUCUCUAUCAACAUGUAUAGAUAUUUCUUAUACAUCCAAAGUUGAUCCACAACUAUCCAAAGGUGUUAUGCCUGACGAUAUUAUGCAUAUAUUAUCUGAUGUUUAUCCAUAUAACAUCAGUAAGAACCUGAAUGAUUUUUUGAAAAACUUCGAUGAAAAGUUUACUUUCACUCCAUACGGAGUUAACAGAUAUAGUUAUCAAAUUAUGAAAGAUAAAUGUCCAAAAAAGUUUUCUGUUUUUUUUAUCGAACAUGGUAUGCCUGGAUUUGAGAAAUUCCUUGAAUAUCAUAAACGGAUGGAAUCUUUCCUUCUUUUCUUCAUAGAUGGUGCAUCUGCUAUAUCUACGGAAGAUAUUCAGUGGUGUUAUUAUGUGAUUUAUGAAAAUAUUGGUCAAACAGAUGACGGAAAAAUGAAAUACGGAUUUAUUGGUUACAUGACAGUUUAUAAGUUUUAUGCUUAUCCCAAAAAUCUUCGACCACGUGUUAGCCAAGUUCUGAUCCUUCCACCUUUUAGAAACAAUGGCCAUGCUACACAACUUUUACAAACUUUCUAUCGUGAUUUUGUACCAAUGUCGAAUGUCAUUGAUAUAGCAGUUGAAGACCCAUCGCCUGAAUUUCAGCGUAUUAGGGAUUUAUUGGACUGCAAACGGUGCUUGGAAACCCCAGAAGUAAUGCAAACUAUAACACAGUCUAAUUGUGUGAACGGACAAAUUAUUAGUGAGAAGUCUUCUGCAAUACGCUUCCGAGAAAUUUCAAGGACAAAGCUAAAACUAAAUCGUUGUCAAAGUCGACGAGUGUAUGAAAUUCUUCGAUUGUUUUUGUUGCCUCGUACAGAUGAAUAUGUAAAGUCUUUUUCUGACGCAUUAACUAAGCGUGCCACUGCAUACUUUCAGCGGGUUCGACCAGAUGCUAUGCGAGGGUCUUCUUUGGUACCUAAAACAAGUGGUCCUUCUUCUUAUAAUCCAUUGAAAAAGGCAUUUGAUGAAGCUGCAGACGAAUAUUUUGAAAGUCAACUGCAUGAAGAAGUUUCUACCUUGUUGAAAAACUAUCAAGACAUUGUAUAUAAACUUGAUCGUUUCAUUUCUUCACUUAAAAAACAGUCGUAAUUAGUGUUGUGUAAGAUGUUCCCUUGUGUUGUUUUUCUUCCUGAAAAGAGUAUUGUACCAAGAUUUUUACUCGGUAAAAAUUGUAUUUUGUUGAACAUGUUCCAAUUUAGAAUUGUUACGAUGAUGAGCCUCGCAUGUUUAUGUACGAUAACCAUAAAGUUAUUGGAUAACUUCGUUGGGAGCUGUAAUCGUCAUGAUUUCGUAUGCUCAAAGUUAAAAUAGGCUAAGGGAAUCUUUUAACUUUUUUUUGAGAUUUUGAGAUUUAACUUCGAGCCUUAUAGUAAUUAAAAAUUUACGAAUAGAUGAUCUGUGGCAUUAUGUAUAUGAAAACUGUGUAUACGUGACUACUGAUAUUUUAUAUAUAUGCACGUGGCUUUCUAUCGUUUAACUUAUUGGUUUCAAAAUUGUCAAUGGUAAAACGAUCAUAUCUGCUUCUAUUACACUGUGUACUGUGUUUCUUAACUUGAUCACUUUACUAUAAUUCCAGUCAUAUUCAAG